AGGGCCAAUCCGGAAAUAAAAGAAAUUGCAAUAAUUUUGAACGAGUUUGAAAGACGGGUUUUUUUUUUUUUUGACAAGCAUGACACUAGGGCACGUUCAGGGUUUAUAAAAACAACAGCUGUACUCGGAUCAAUUAGAAAAGGUGGAGUUGUAGUGACGUUGUCAGCAGCAGCAGCAGUAUCCGUGUUGAUGAUGCAGGAGGAGGCGGGACACUCGGCCACAUACUCACUGCCCUGCGACGGCAGCGUCCACGUGGUGGAGUUCAGUCCCUAUGACUGCGGCUCCGCCUCCUCUCUCCUCGCCUACGCCGAAAACCAGCACGUGGUGGUGGGAACGUGCCGCUUUCAGGAAGAGGACAAGGACGUAGACGGAGUAGAAUUUAACGCUCUGCGUGUCUUCAUGCACGGUGUUCGUGUGGACGCUCUGGCAUGGAGUCCAGAAUCCCGACUGGACAAGCUGCCGCAGAUGAUCAGGUUCUGCACCGCAUCAGCCGACCGAAAACUGAGACUCAAUACUUCAGAUCUUCAGAAGCUGGAUGAACUGACGGUGAUGGAGGGACACACCAGCUACAUCAAUCAUGUCAUCUUCGAGCCAACGGAAGGAAAGCAAAUAGCAUCGGUCAGUGACGAUCACACUUGCAGGGUUUGGGAUCUGGAAGGGAACGAAACUGUACUGUUCAGACUUUGGUCUCCGGGAGUCACCGUGUGCUGGCAUCCUGAGGAGGUGUAUAAGCUGAUGGUGGCCGAGAAAAAGGGCACCAUACGUUUCUAUGAUCUCGUCACCCAUCAGGCCAUUCUGUCUUUGGAGAGCGGGCAGAUGCCGCUCAUGUCCGCCGACUGGUGCCUCACGAACACCAUUAAAGUGGGCGCUGUGGUGGGGAGCGACUGGGUGAUCUGGGAUAUUACACGAUCUAGUUAUCCUCAGGACAAAAGGCCUGUGCAUUUAGACAAAGCACGACUCUUCAGGUGGUCAAGAGCAAAUGAAAAUCUUUUCGCCACGACUGGCUGUCCAGGGAAAAUCAGCAGUCAGUUACUGGUGCAUCACCUGAGUCACCCUCAGCCAGUGAUGAUCGGCUCGUCAGUGGUGGGCUCGGGUCUCAGCUGGCACAGAACCCUCCCCCUGUGUGUGAUUGCUGGAGACCGAAAGCUCUCUUUCUGGAUGACUGAGAUGUGAGCUGACUUUUUGUCAUGCCUUUAAAAAAAAUUAUUCUGUUUAUUUUUUUUGCAUCUUUAAUAAAUUUACAUUUUCUUACA